AUUACUUCGGUGUACUGAAAUGAUUAAGUUGAGAAAUAUUUUCCCGACAACUAGGACCCAUAAUGGUACUGUAAUUUUUUUGCAUGGUUCAGGAGAUACUGGGUCUAAUCUUGCUGAAUGGGUACGUUUUAUAUUAGGACGCGACAUGGACUUUGAACACAUUAAAAUUAUAUAUCCUACAGCUCCGGUACAACCAUAUACGCCUUUGUCUGGACAACUUUCCAACGUCUGGUUUGAUCGUCGUGCUAUUUCGAUCAAGGCUUUAGAAAACAGAGAGAGUUUAUCGCUAAUGUAUAAAAAGAUUAAUGAUCUAAUCCAGAAUGAAGUGGAUCUUGGUGUAUUACCUAAUAGAAUCAUUAUUGGCGGCUUUUCUAUGGGAGGUGCGUUAGCCCUACAUAUAGGGUAUCAUUUAAAUUGUAGUUUAGCUGGAAUAUUUGCUUGUUCAUCUUUCCUGAACCGUGAUUCAAUAAUAUAUGAAACCUUGGAACAAAAAAUAGUUGCGGAAAACAAUUUCCCCGAGUUACGGAUGUAUCAUGGUGCAAAAGACGAGCUUGUGCCUUUAUAUUGGGGUAAAGAAACUUUUGAAAAGUUAACAAAACUUGGUGUAAAUGGACAAUUUAUUACUCUCGACAAUGCGUUGCAUGAAUUAAAGAAACAGCAAAUUUUGGAUAUUAGGGACUGGAUUUUAAAAAAAUUGCCCGAUAAAAAUCAAAAUACACUAAAUUUAUAAGUUUUUAAACCUA